GAUGUAGGAAGCAAGCAAGCAAGCGAGUUCGGCCGACGCAAUGACCCUGCUGGAAUUCACCGGCUGCUCGCUACUGGGCUUCGGGCCGACACUGUCCAUGUUUGCGCUCACCGUGGCUGGACAGCCGAGCCGCGUGAUCGUGUUCGUGACGGGCUCCUUCUUCUGGCUGCUCUCGCUGCUGCUCGCCUCGCUCACCUGGCUCGCCCUUGUGCCCCUGCGCCAUUACGUCACGCCGGGAGUCGCCAUCGCCGUCCUCUCACAGGAGGGCUUCCGGCUGCUCUUCUUCCGCGUGCUGCGCAAGGCCGAGCGCGUGCUGAACGCGGUCGCACUGACGGGCGCCGACGAGGUAUCGCGCAUGCGCUCCCGCCUGUCGUUCGCCUACGCGGCCGGCCUCGCCUUCGGAGCCAUGAGCGCGCUCUUCUCGCUGCUCGGGCAGCUUGCCGACGCCCUGGGUCCCGGCACGGCUGGACUGCACGGAAGUACGCCGCGACGGUUGGACGCGGCGGCAAUCACCGCAGCUACCUUCAGUGUCCUGCACGUCUUCUGGGCCCUGGUCUCCUUCCACGCGCUCGACACGCGCCGAUGGUCGGUGCUCGCCUUCGCCCCGGCCGCCCACUUGGCCGCGUCGGCAGCCACGUUGCUCACGCCCGCCGGCGACUACGCCGUCUCCCUGGGUGCCCUCUGCGCAGUCCUGGUGGUGUCCGCGGCGAUGGCGUUCAAUGCGGCGGGAGGCUGCGCGGGAAAUCUUGCGGCGGUGUUCACGCGCGGCUCCAACGGAUGAGAUACGGCUGAGACGUGCACGAUGAGCGCCUUUUUUUUUUUUGUAGCUGAGCGCCUUGGCCCUUAACUUCCGAGUGUUGUUUUUGUGACGUUCCGUUGCGGGCGAUCUGCCUUCAUUGUUUAGCCGCUUAAUAAAAACAGCAAAAAUCGUAUGUA